AUGUUUUUGAUUGGCCGAAAUGCCGAAUCCCUCGACGUCCCCAAGUUUUCAAACUCGACAGAGUGCAAUUUGACAACCCCCCGCGCCAUGUCGAUCCUUUCUCACAUUGCUUCGCACCAACAUGCGCAUUUCGCCAAGCAAGCCGCACAAGUGAUUGGUCUGCUUGUGCUGACCAAGCUUGGACUCACGCUCCUCUCCGGAAUCUACGCCUUCUUCCUUCGCGGCGGCAAGAAGCUCACCAAGUACGGCAAGUGGGCGAUUGUCACGGGCGCCACCGACGGCAUCGGCAAGGCCACGGCGCUCGAACUGGCCCGCAAGGGGCUCAAUAUUGUGUUGAUCAGUCGCACGCAGUCCAAGCUCGACGAAGUCGCCAAGGAAAUCACAACCAAGUAUAACACGGUGUCGGUGAAGACGCUCUCCGUGGACUACUCCAACUUGACCGACGCGUCCGUGGCAGCCAUCCGCAAGGUGAUCGCCGACGUCGGUGACGUAGGUGUGCUCGUGAACAACGUUGGCCAAUCCUACGACUUCCCCCAGUACUUCCACGAACUCUCGGACGAGAGCGUGGCCAGCCUUGUCAACAUGAACAUCAAGUCGACGUUUGUCAUGUCCAAGUUGGUCUUGCCAGGCAUGGUCGAACGCAAGCGUGGGGCGAUCGUCAACUGCAGCUCUGGGUCCGCGCGCAUUGCGUGCCCACUGUUGAGUGAAUACAGCGCCGUCAAGAAAUGCAUUGAACAAUACACGUUGGGCUUGGCGGGAGAAUACGCUGCCAAGAACAUCUCCGUGCAAUGCCACACCCCCAUGUUCGUCACGUCCAAGCUGUCCAAGAUCCGCCACGCCAGCUUCGCCGUGCCCAGCCCCACUACUUAUGCCAAGGCGGCGGUGGCCAACAUUGGGUACGAAACAGUCGUGUCGCCGUACUGGCCCCAUGCACUGCAGAUCUGGUUGUACGAAGCCGUGCCCCACUUUAUCAUGAGCAAGGUGGCGUUGAGUACCCACUUGGGCAUCCGAAAGCGUGCACUGAAGAAGCAGGAACAGCAAAAGAAGGAUUAAUCAUGUAGUCCAAGUUGUUAGCUCGAGA